AUGUCGGAAACAAGUAACUAUUUCUCUAGUUCUGAUGGCCAUUUUUGUGACGUGGAGAACUGCAGAAUUAGGACGUCCCUGAAACUUCAUACAUUUGGUAGGAGGUUUUAUAGUUGUCGCUAUUGGUCACCAGAUGAUGACUGUGCAUGCAAGUUCUUCAAGUGGUUAGACACUAGCAUUUGUUGUAUGCGUGGUGCAGCAGUAGCACCUAUAGUUAUUGCCAAAUUCAAUCGAUUGGAGCAUGCGGUGGAAGUUGCCAAUGAAGAAUCGAAGCAAGCACACGCCUUGAUAGCUGCAGCAUUGGAAAGGGAGCGAGUUGCAAAAUGA